AUGCAUAUUUUAUUCAUUUACUUUAUUAUAUCAUCUAUCAAUGUUAUUGAUAAUACUGUAAUUGAUAAUUCCAAUAUGAAAUGUUUAAAUCAAUGGAUUAAACCAACUGAAGGUGUAGCGUUCUCAUUAUCACCAUGUUUCACAUGUAAAUAUUCUAGUUUUCAAGGUUCUAUGAAUAUUAAAUGGGAUUGUGAACAGUCAUAUAAUUUGAAAAUUAAGGGUUCAAUAGAUUCAAUUGAAUUUGAUGAAUUAUCUAAUUAUGAAUUAAGAAUAUAUAGAACAAGAGAAAAUCUAUCACAAUCUAAUACAAUUUUAAAAGCAUUCUAUAUAACUAGUCAAAGACAAGUUAGUAUAACAUUAACAUUACAAUUAAUCGCACAUCAUUCUAUGAAUGUACAAUCGAAAUUACAAAUAAAUUUUGUGCCAAUUUUAAAUGAGAAUAAAAAAUCAUUUAAAUAUUUUCAACUAUAUUGGUCUACAUUAAAACAAACUGAUUUUACUCUAUUCAUUUACAAUAUAACGCAUACACUUCAAUAUCAAACUCAUAGUACAUCAAUAUGUUUAGAAAAUUUAACAGAAGGUAGUCAAUAUAAAUUUUGUAUUGUUGAAACAUUAUACACAUGUAAAAGUUCAUCAUGGAAUUGUAUUAUUAAAAUAAUUCCAACGAUACAAAGAUCUAUGAAUCAUUAUCAAAAAUCAAUAAAUCAAUUACAAAUUAAAAAUCUCGGUUAUAAUUGGUUACAAUUAACAUGGUUACCAAUAUCACAAACAUUAUAUUGGCAAAUUAAUGAAAUUCCUAUUGGAUAUAUAAUUGUUGCUAUGGGGAAAUUUAAAACAAUUCAUUGUACUGAUCGAAUUUAUAGUAUUCAAGCACCAUGGGCUUACAAUUCAAAAUCAAUUAUAAUGUCAUAUGUAGAAUAUGUGUAUUCACAUAAUAUUACCUCGAAAUGUCAUUCAAUAUUACUUAUAAGGAAAUCAAUGUUUUAA